UAAGGGGGACGUAAGGCUCGACUGAGAGCUGACCGUGUUUUCAACAGGAAACAAAUCAGAGAGAGGAGAGAGUGAAAAUGCUGUUGUAACCGCUGUGUUUGUCGCGAUUUUGUGAGUGUUUUCCUGGAAGCUGACGCUUAGCGAAUCACGCCAUCUGGAGCCCCGUUUGUUUAGACCCGGGAAUCUAAGCUAAAGGUGUUUAUUUGCGUUUGCGUGAAGCUCGAGGCUCGCAGAAUGACCGUUGACUGGCCCGAUCUGCUUAUCGUUCGCGGGUAUUAGGAACUAUCACUACCUCCGUUUGCUGGCGAAACAAACACAACGCAUUUGCCUUCGAGGGUCUUUAGGGGUCGAAAUGAAGAGAUUAAUGGCAAUGCUGGCAGUCCGAAUGCUUGUGUUGGGCUUGUGGAUAGGGGGGCAGUCAGCCACUGCGGGAGAGGGACAGUCCACUCCGGCCACAUGCUCUCCGCUGUGCCGCUGCGACGAGGACGGAGGAGCGGACUGUUCUGGACGAGGACUGACCACUGUUCCCACCGGCCUCAGCGCUUUCACAUAUUACCUGGACAUCAGCAUGAACAACAUCACUGAGCUGCCUGCUAAUGUCUUCAGAAACCUGCCCUAUCUGGAAGAACUACGUUUGGCUGGUAAUGACCUUGCUUUCAUCCACCCAGAGGCUCUGUCUGGCCUCCAUCAGCUUAAAGUCCUGAUGCUUCAGAACAAUCAGUUGAAGACUGUCCCCAGUGCAGCUCUCAAGAAUCUUCAUGCCCUGCAGUCUUUGCGGUUGGAUGCUAACCACAUCACUUCAGUGCCUGAGGAUAGUUUUGAGGGUCUGCAGCAGCUCAGGCACCUCUGGUUGGAUGACAACAGCUUGACUGAGGUUCCCAUUGGCCCCCUACAGCACCAGAGUAACCUGCAGGCCCUGACGUUGGCCCUUAACCGGAUCACACACAUCCCAGACAACGCCUUUGCCAACCUCUCCAGCCUGGUUGUAUUGCAUCUACACAAUAAUCGGAUUCAGGAGAUUGGAAAAAACUGCUUUAAUGGGCUGGACAACCUGGAGACAUUGGAUCUAAACUUCAACAAUCUGAAGACCUUCCCAGAGGCCAUUCAGACACUGCCCAAGCUGAAAGAACUUGGAUUUCAUAGCAACAGCAUCGCAUCCAUCCCUGAGGAAGCCUUCAGUAGGAAUCCCCUGCUACGCACAAUCCAUCUUUUUGACAACCCUCUCUCCUUCGUGGGAACUACUGCUUUCCAGAACCUGUCAGACCUGCACUCUCUAAUGCUGCGCGGUGCCAGUAUGAUGCAGGAUUUCCCCAGCCUGACUGGAACAAUAAAUCUAGAAAGCCUGACUUUAACAGGAACUAAAAUCAAAAGCAUCCCAGCAGACCUGUGUGAGGAUCUGGCUGUGCUCCGAACACUAGAUCUUUCCUAUAAUGACAUUGGAGACUUGCCGUCCUUUCAAGGCUGUGUUAGACUGCAGGACAUAAGUCUACAGCACAACCAAAUCCAGCAGAUAGACAGAGGAACUUUCCAGGCGAUGACUAGCCUUAGAGUGCUAGACCUGAGCAGAAACCGGAUCAAGUUCAUCCACAGAGAUGCUUUCCUUUCUCUCAGCGCUCUCACCAACCUGGAUCUCAGUCUGAACUCCCUAGCCAGUGUUCCUACCGCAGGACUGAGUGCACUGAACCAGCUUAAACUGACUGGAAAUGUGGAACUGAGGAACGGUCUAAUGUCUAAAAGUCUGCCUAAACUCAGGUCCAUUACGGUUCCCUAUGCCUACCAGUGUUGUGCUUUUGUGACUUGUGACAGUGCAGUUAACCCAGCUGAGGAUGACGAGCGGAGAAAUGCAUUUGGUGGUGAGGAGGAGAUGGAAAGGAUUCCUCUACUCAUGCACUGCUCACCCUCACCGGGGGCAUUUAAACCUUGUGAACACUUGUUGGGAAGCUGGAUGAUCCGAUUGACCGUGUGGUUCAUCUGCCUGGUGGCGCUCCUCUUCAACUGCCUGGUGCUUGCAGCCACCUUCUCCCCGCGCACCUCUCCUCUCUCCCCGUCCCGACUCCUGGUGGCUCUCCUGGCCUCCGCUAACCUGCUGACAGGGGUCUACGUGGCAGCACUGACACUCCUGGACGCUGUCACCUGGGGCUCGUUUGCAGAGUAUGGCGUGUGGUGGGAAACAGGUGCCGGAUGUCAGGUGGUGGGCUUCCUCGCUGUGUUUUCCUCCGAGUGGGCUGUCCUGCUGCUGGCGUUAGCUGCGGUGGAGCGUUGCUUUGCUGUGAGGGCUCUGAUGGGGAAGGCGGGAGCUCUGAGGUCCAGUAGCGAAAGGAGGGAACGACGAAGAAGGUUUGGUAUCGCUGCACUCCUGUUGGGAUUGGUAUCUAUUGCGGCGGCCUGCCUCAGUCUGUAUCAUGAAUCAGCCAUGGGCUCUCCUCUCUGCCUGCCCUUCUCUGGAGGUCCCGGACCAGGUCUGGGGUUCACAGUGGCCCUGGUGCUAUUGAACACACUAGCGUACCUGCUGAGCGCUGUUGUCUAUAUGCGGUUAUACUGCAGACUGGGUCGUGCCCAGUUGGCUGACCCCGAGCAGGCCGGGUCUGUGAGGCAUAUUGCCUGGCUCAUCUUCACCAACUGCAUCUUCUUCUGUCCUGUGGCGGCUUUCUCAUUCGCUCCCCUGCUGGCCGGGACCAGUAAUGCAGUGGGCGGACCGGAGAUGGCCAAAUCCGUGACGCUCAUAUUCUUUCCCCUCUCUGCCUGCUUGAACCCUGUGCUGUACGUGUGCUUCAGUCCCUCCUUCAGAUAUGACUGGUUUCGGCUUAGAGGACGGGGAAGGGCCGGAGGUUGCGGCGGGCUGGUUGGUAAAGCGGUCGCUAAAGGGACGGUAGCAGGAGGCUCGGCGCUAUCUGACGACGGCGAAGGCUUGUCUAGCGAUUGCGGAAUGUACACAAAGUUGCACAGCAACACUCGGGGAAUGUGCGAACACUGUGACGCCGCCCUCCACAUCAGGACAUCUUCCUCUUCUGCUUCCUCCUCUUCCUCAGCCUGCAGACAUUUAGUGAAGUCCCACAGCUGCCCUGCCCUGAUGGCGAACGCAUCUCAGUGCCUGAGCUCAGAGGGGUACUGGCCCAACACCGGGACACUUUCCGCCCAGUCAGAAUAUGGAGACGAGGGCGAUUCGUUUGUGUCAGACAGUUCGGAGCAGAUUCAGGCUUGCGGCCGAGCUUGUUUCUGUCAGAGCCGCGGCCUCCCUUUAGUACACUACUCUUAUAACGUCCCCCGCAUGACAGACUGAGCUCACAGCCCCGAGCACUCACACACUCACUUCCUCACAGAGUCCUCCAGGGUGUGGAGUGUCCCUGCUCCGCAAGGACAGAGAACAGGGAGGGGCUGGACACAUGGCUGCAGAGCCAUUGAGACAAACAGACCGGAAGCACUUUUCACACUUGUGUGCGUGUGUGUGUGUGUGUGUGUGUGUUUGAGUGAAUAUAGACCAAAUCCAUAAAAAGGGAAUCUGACAAUACAGAAAGACUCUCUGAGCCAAAUGUUGUCAGCAAACAACAUGUCUUGUUUUCUGUUUCCUGUCCACCUCAGCCAAAUUCAGUUGCAUUGGCACCCAGGGGUGAUUGACAGUAGGAUGGACACAGUAAUCGUAUCUCCCAGUGCCUGCCUUUCAGAUUGCAAGAGUAGGACUUGUCUGUUUAUUUUCUUGGGGCAUUUUUAGAAGAGAAAAAUAUAUUUUCCCUUUUAUUCUUUCAAACGUUUGUCCUUUCGAUUUAAAGCAGGGAUAUAUGUGCCAUUGUUGAUUGUCUUUUUUCUUAUUCCUUGUUGUCAUCAUAAAGCCUGACUGAGUUCCAGUUUGCCGAUGAGAAUGUAAUGUUCAUACUGUUUUGUGGUCAUGCCCUCUCAUUUCUGAGUAAGUUCAAGUUG